CGUCUAGGUCGCACAGAGGCUUAAGGUCUCAGCUAAUUGAGCCGCAAGCAGAAGCCCGCGUGUUUUCUCUCCCCUCAACUUCCUGCCGCUGCUCUUGCUUGCAAACGUCCUGAGAUACCCAACCCAGCACCUGCCAGCCACACACUAUAAAAUGCUUCAAUACGCACAGCAACGCGCUGUCGGGUACCCGACGUUCCCCGGCAACAUUGAAGCCCUUUCGAUACCCUCGAGCUCGCCAGAACGUUCGCACGAAUCCACACCCACAACCACAGCCACCCCAAUCUCACCACCACCAUCCACAAUACAACAUCUGGAAACAUCGCCAAAGACAGCAAAAUCUAAAAGAAGACAAACACUAGCCGCAUGCCGUCCAUGUCGCAAGCGUAAAUCAAGGUGUGACGGUGCCCGUCCCAGAUGCAACACCUGUUUGGACAAGGCAACACCAUGCAACUACUCUGUCGAAGAGGGCAAGACACAGCAGCAGGCUUCGAGAGAGGAGUUGAGAGCCUACAAGACCGUCGUCCGCAUGCUACGGAAAGCUUCAGCUACAGACACGACCUUGAUACUCACGCACCUGAAAACCCACGACGACGUCAAUGAAGCUGUCAAGUUCAUUCUGGAAGACACGAGAUUGCAUGGUAGUGCGAUCAUGACUUGCGCAUAAUCACGUCCUCUCCUUGCGCUGUUUGAGCUUCGCAUCUUUACCUUUGCAACGAUCUGUACGAUACACGUCCCCCAACGAAAGACUCACGAACAUCUGUUUUCUUCUCACUCUGUUCUUCAUAUACCCAGGGCCGUUUUUGCUUUCUAUACACACAUGCCCUUUAUACAGCGUUUUUCGGAAUCAGGCCAUUACAUUGUAACGCC